CAGAGGGAAGCAACACAAGAUGACCAAGCUACUGAUCUCACCCUCAAAUCCAUCUUGUCCUACCCUCUCACUUUCUCUCUUUUUCUCUUGAUGCAGCUUCACACACCUGCACUGUUGUUGUCUCAGAACUGGAGACACAAAAACAAAGGGGCUGACACUUGCCUCACUGCUCUUCUCCACCUCUCUGCUUUUAUCGUUUUUCCUCCUCCUCUUUCCUCUGUAAAGAAAAGGAAUACCUGAGUCUAAACGCUGCUGCUGAGACCACUGAAUACAGCUUCUCUGGCCAGUUUAAUUCUGGAUCUGCUGUCAAUUAUCAAACAAUGACCGGGACCCGUCGAGCUGCCCCGGCUGCACCAGGCACCCUGGUUACACCAACGCAUUUGUCAAAUGCAACAACCACCACAGGCCGAGCACAGUCUGGAGGCCACAAUCCAAAGAAGUUCAUGAGUGAGCUACACAACAUUCACAUGCCAUCUUGGGCCGUUGCCGCCCUUUGUAUCGUGAGUUUAUGCGUGGUGUUGUCCUGUGCUGUGUGCAUCUGGAAGAAGUGCUUGAAAAAGAAGGACAAGGACAAAGAGAAGGACAAGAAGAAGGGAAAAGAGAAAAGCAAAGGAGGAUUUGACACUGAAAUGGAUGGAGGUUGCAAUGAGCAACUGAAAGAUGAAGGCAACAAAGAAACAGAGUUGUCAGAUAAAGAGACCAAAGAAGAUGAGAAGCUGGGGAGACUACAUUUCACACUAGACUACAACUUCACAGAUAACACACUGGUAGUGGGCAUCUUGCAGGCUGCAGAGCUCCCUGCCAUGGAUGUGGGAGGAAGCUCUGACCCUUACGUUAAACUAUAUCUGCUCCCGGACAAAAAGAAAAAGUUUGAAACUAAAGUUCACAGGAAGACGCUUGAACCAAACUUCAAUGAGACUUUCACAUUUAAGGUACCGUACACUGAGCUGGGCGGGAAGACACUGGUGAUGACGGUGUACGACUUUGACCGUUUCUCAAAGCACGAUGCUAUAGGAGAUGUGAAAAUACCGAUGAGCAGCGUGGACUUCAGCCAGUCUCUGCAGGAGUGGAGGGACCUGCAGAAGGCAGAGAAGGAGGAGAGCGAGCGGCUUGGAGACGUAUGUUUGUCCUUGAGGUUUGUGCCCACUGCAGGGAAGUUGACGGUGGUGAUUCUAGAGGCCAAAAACCUGAAGAAAAUGGAUGUGGGAGGAUUAUCAGACCCUUAUGUGAAGAUCCACUUAAUGCAGAAUGGGAAACGACUCAAGAAAAAGAAAACAACGAUAAAGAAGAACACUUUGAACCCAUACUACAACGAGUCUUUCAGCUUUGAGGUGCCAUGUGAACAGAUAGAGAAGGUGCAGAUAGCAGUGACUGUGCUCGACUAUGAUAAGAUCGGGAAGAACGACGCCAUCGGGAAGUUGCUGCUGGGCGCUAACAGCACUGGAACUGAGCAAUGCCAUUGGUCAGACAUGCUGGCUAACCCCCGGCGGCCAAUAGCUCAGUGGCACGGCCUCAAACCAGAGGAUGAAAUUAACUCACUAAUAUCCAGCAAGAAAUGAAACUGUGAACCCACUGAGCUAUGAAAUCUUGCAGCAUUUACCUCAUCUACUUCAAAUUUAUGUUUUUACAAAUCCCAUGAAAAAAAUUAAAGCUACCUAACUGAGUAAAUGUACCAAUAAUUCUGUGUUUUAGCCUAGAUACUGUCUGAAUCACUAUUAUGGACUUAAAUUCUGCAGUUAUUGCCUACUGCUUAUGUCAUAAAGACUUGUAAUAAAAGAUGUAU